UGCCUGUACUGAACAUACAUUCACAGGAGGAGUGGAAGAGAUGGCAGUGGCUGAAACACAGCUAUAUUCGAAGGUCUUGAACAAAGUCAAAAACAGAAGCACCUGCGCUUUACUGGAAUCCCUCUUAUCUAUGGGAUUCCCUGCACAUAUAGCGCAAAAAGCUUUGGCUGCUACUGGACACAAGACAGCAGACGAGGCUUCAAAGUGGUUGCACUCUCAUUGUAAUGAUCCUUCUUUGGAUGAUCCAAUCCCUCAGGAAUAUGCUCUCUAUUUAUGCCCAACUGGACCCUUGCAUGACAAACUGCAGGAAUUUUGGAACGAGAGCAAGAACCAAUGUGCAAGAAACAAAGCCCAUGAGAUUUUCCCACACAUAACUCUUUGUGAUUUCUUUACGUGUGAAGAUCGGAAAGUGGAAUUCUUGCAUGAAGCCCUAAAGAAAGUUGGUGACAGGUUUUUAAAUUUGUUCCCACCUGCCAUUUCUCUAUCACUACAUUCGUCUGUCAGCUACCUUGGUUUCUUCAUUAAUGAUGCCCAUGCAAAUGUCAUCAAAGAGUUUGCUGUAGCUUUUGCUACUGAGGCUUCGAUCUUGGCAGAUUGCCGCGUGAAACCCUGCACAAAGCAGCUGCACCUUACCCUGGCUCAUAAGUUUUAUCCUCACCAUCAAAAGACUUUGGAACAAUUGGCCAAAUCUAUCAGCCCGGGACAGAGCUGCCAGUGGACAGCUGCUCUGUAUUCUAGAGAUAUGCGCUUUGUAAAUUACCAGAUCUUGCAAGCACUCUUCCAAUACAAGCCUCAGAACAUUGAUGAGCUAAUGCUGAAUACUGGAGAUUUGAUAUAUGUUGACCGAUCACAACAAUCCGAUGUUAGUGAUGGCUGGGUGAUUGGUACCUCGCACCGGACUGGCUGCAGAGGAUUUCUUCCUGAAAAUUACACAGAAAAAGCCAAUGAGUCAGAUACUUGGGUUAAACACAGAGAAUACACUUUCACUCCAGCUUCAGGACUGCUCCCCAAGAAUGAAAAUGAACCUAGACGUAAACUGAAUGGUGAAGUCCAUAUCCCAGUAAUGACAAAGAGUGUAACCCAAACACUUGCUUUCCAGCUUUCUCAGGCUAUUGCUCUCAGAAGAGGCCUGUUGGUGAUGCGCCAUGGGGAGAGAGUGGAUCAUGUUUUUGGGAAGUCCUGGAUUCAGCAAUGCUUAACUGCAGAUGGAAAAUACCACAGAGCAGAUCUGAAUUUCCCUGCCAGUCUGCCAAAACGAAGAGACGGCAUCAAACAUUUUGAAUAUGAUCCUCCUUUAUCAUGCUGUGGUGUUUUCCAGUCUAGACUUGUAGGAGAAGCUCUGCUGGAGAAACAAGAGGCAGUUAGCCGUGUAUACUGUUCCCCUGCACUCCGCUGCAUACAGACAGCUCAACACGUGCUAGAAGGGCUUAAAUUAGAACAAAAAAUUAAAAUCAGGGUAGAACCUGGACUCUUUGAAUGGACCAAAUGGGAGGCCAACAAAAUAAUUCCCUCCUUUAUGGCACUGACAGAACUGACAGAGGCUACUUACAAUAUAGAUCCCAGUUACAGAUUGCAAGCUACUUGGGGCAGGGACUGCUUCCACACAUAGCCAAUAUGUACAGUACCUACAGUAUGGAGUUUUGGUCUCACUUGGGGUCUCUUGGCACUACUGUAAUACAUAGAAUGACCCAUUAUCAAUGAUCACACACUGAAAGAUAUCUGCAUUCCUCACAGGUUUUUAGUUACUACUUAUUCCCUGCUUUCUGAAUUGGUGCUUGAAUACUAUGUUGAAUGGGUCCCUGUAAAAGUAGAGGAGGAACACUUAACCAUCCAGCUAUUGUAUCUCUUAUUCAGUGAUGGUCCCAUGGUUUAAAAGCUCUGAGGACAGUCUGAAAUUCACUUUUGUACUGUAUGACAGGUCUAGUACAAUAGCCCUACAAUACAUCAAUCUACUUGCUACCUAUUCGCUGCUCACGCUGGUUUUAAAUGGGUGAGAUAAGAUGAUCAGAUUCUGAUCUUCUGUGUGGUUGAAAGAAGUUAGCUGGUAUAGUUUCCUGGACCAGAGCCAUUGCAUGUGGCAGAGCAACAUGUAGCUGUGCAGGUCUCCAGCUAACAGGAGAAGUGACUUUAUAGAAAGAAAUAUUGAAGGAAAUAAAAACUUUCCUUUGUCCAUUUACUCUAGACUUGAUGACAGAACCCUAAAUAUUUCAGGCCAGAUCCUCAGCUGUUUAGUGGAGAUACGUUGAUUUAUAGCAGCUGAAGAUCUGGCCCUUAAUUUGUAAACACUAUAUUUUACAUGCAGGGGACACCUAUAAGUAAAAGAAACUAUAAGGUCAGAUCUUGAAGGCACAACUGCCCAAAAUCCUAAGACUGGCCCAAUAUUAAUAAAUAUUCUCACUGGUCUUUAUAAAGAUUUAUUUUUAAGUAAAAAGCAAACAAGGAUUGUUUAAUUUGUUUAAAAAA